AUGUCCAAGAGAAGCGCACAAGUUAUCAAUAUUUCAGAUAGCGAAGACGAAAACCGUGGCAGUACACAAGAUGAGUCAGAUGAAAUCAUCCCGCCGAAGCAAAUAAAGCCAUCUGCGGUUCCAGAGAUGGUUAAUGGAGAUGACGCGACAAAUUCGGCAAAAGAAUCGACGUUAACUUCCAAGAACGCUCCAUUCGAUUUCUUAAAGGAGAGGAAGAAGCUUGAGGCUGAACGUCUGGAACGACAAGCCAAGCACGUCAAGCGCGACCAUUCUACUCAGCAACAGCCCCAAGCUAAUACUGGCGGUGCAGACAAGUAUCCCGACGGUGUUGUAAAGCAAACUGUCAACUACCUGACCGAAAGAAAUGAGAAUUCUUGGUCAAUCAACAAGUGUUUCGGACAGCCCAAUAGACUCAAAUUGGUCAUCAUGUCCAGCUAUGUCCGCCAAGAUGAGCUAAUGAUACCGCUAUUUGGCGACGCAAAAGUCAUUUGCGCGCAACCAAGCAAACUCGCUUCAACUGUCAACAACAGGAAUUGGUAUAUGCACAACGUAGAUGCACGCGGUACUUACCAUGCGAAGUUCGCUAUCAUAUUUACAACUGAUGGAUGGAUGAGAGUCUUGGUGACAACUGCAAACUUCAUUGAAAUGGACUGGAAGUUAAAUGAAAAUACUUUAUUUAUACAAGACUUUCCACCAAAAGGAAAUACUUUAGAUGGAUCAAGCAGCAAGCAAGCAUCGGCAUUCGAAACAGAUUGGAGUUGGUUCCUCUACAAGCUGAAAUUGAAUGACACUCUGUCGGGCGUGGCUGCUGAAAUGGAUGACAUUCCAUUGCCCAAUGUUAAUGCGAUAAGUCAGUGGGACUUCUCAAGAUCCAAAGCACGCCUUGUUGCUAGCAUAAACGGGGAGCACAAAGGCGUAGACAACAUCAAGCGCGUCGGACAUGCGCGUCUCGCGGAUCUGAUUAGAGGGGCUGGAUGUGGUGUUGAUGCUAACGGUGACCUCAUUGAUGCGCGCGGUGACUCUGCAAAGCAUGAAUGGUUCGUUGACUUAGAGUGCCAAGGUAGCUCGCUUGGUGCAUACAAAGCUCAUUGGGGAAGGGAGUUCUACAACUCAGCCUCGGGUCGUUUUAAUCUCAUACCAGGAUUACAAGACGAUGCACUUGCACUUAAAAGCAAAAAGAAAGAGGACAGCAAGAAAUGGCCUCCUAUCAAGAUUCUUUUCCCUACCAAAAAGAUGGCCCAGGAGAACUUGGGAGGACCAGAUAUGGGAGGCAACAUGUUCAUGGAUGCCAAAAAGUGGCUUAAUGCAGACUUUCCACGCGACGUAAUGCACAGAAACCCGAGCAAGCGUGGAAAUAUCUUCAUGCAUGCUAAGACAAUUUGUGGUAUUCUAAAGCGUACACAUUCCGUUACUAAAAACAAGAUGGCUGGGAAAUUGAAGAAGGCAAAGGACGGCAAGGAAAAAGUGACAUUCACAUCCGAUGAAGACACUGAUUCGAGCGCUACGGAAUCCGAAGUUGACACAACAGAACGCGUCACUGAAAAGGAUGUGGCUGGCGGAUGGGUUUAUGUUGGCUCGCAUAACUUUACACCAUCUGCAUGGGGAAGAUUCACCAAGACAGGCAGUCUCAGUAUAACUAAUUGGGAGCUUGGCGUGUUCCUACCAUUGUACGGAGACGACAAGGUCUGUAACGCAUUGGCUGAUGAGUAUCUCACGUAUAAAAGGCCAGUUGAAAAAUAUGGUGAGAAUGAUGUGCCUUGGAUGUAUACCAACUACAAGAUGGACCAGAAUUACGAUGUCGCACUACUUCGUGCAACCAAAAAUAAAAUCGAUUGA